CUGUUCCUCAGUCCAGUGUUGUCCUCACCGUCUUCUCUCCCUGGUGCCGGCAUCUUUAGUCUUGCAGCUAUACAGCUGGGUGCCCACUGCGCUUUGUGAAUGGUCCAGCAGUCUUCUGGGUCCUGUCAGGUGUCCGCAGUCUCUGGUCAUCUACUGUAGUAUGUCCGCAUUCUCUGGUCAUCUCCUGUACUAUGUCCGCAGUCUCUGGUCAUCUCCUGUACUAUGUCCACAGUCUCUGGUCAUCUCCUGUACUAUGUCUGCAUUCUCUGGUCAUCUCCUGUACUAUGUCCGCAGUCUCUAGACAUCCCCUGUACUAUGUCUGCAGUCUCUGGUCAUCCCUGUACUAUGUCUGCAGUCUCUGGUCAUCCCCUGUACUAUGUCUGCAGUCUCUGGUCAUCCCCUGUACUAUGUCUGCAGUCUCUGGUCAUCUCCUGCACUAUGUCCGCAGUCUCUGGUCAUCCCCUGUACUAUGUCCGCAGUCUCUGGUCAUCUCCUGUACUAUGUCUGCAGUCUCUGGUCGUCUCUGUACUAUGUCCGCAGUCUCUGGUCAUCCCCUGUACUAUGUCCGCAGUCUCUGGUCAUCCCCUGUACUAUGUCCGCAGUCUCUGGUCAUCUCCUGCACUAUGUCCACAUUCUCUGGUCAUCUCCCGUACUAUGUCCGCAGUCUC